GAGUGUGCACACUCAUCUCAUCCACGCUGGAAGUGCGCACCCUCUGCACGACGGAUCGUUCCACUUUGAAACUUGAACUCACGUUGCGUGCAACCUGCGUGUAAACCUUUCGUGGACUGUUUUCUUCUUUUUAUUCCACCUACCCUGGUUGUUUUACCCCCGCUGUGGAUCCCAGCAAAUAGUCGCACCCCGAGUACAAGCGGGGGACCAGUGAAGAGACGAAGUUUGGACACUUGAAGGCACCAUGAGCAUGCGUACGGUGAACCUUGACACUUACAGCCUGUCACUGCUUACGGCCAAGGAGGACAUCCUCAACCAUCGCUCCUCAACGAACUGGGCUUUAUUUGUAUACGAAGGGCUCACGAGCAAGCUCAAACUAGCUGACUCAGGAGUGGGCGGUGUUUCAGAGUUGGCCAGCAAGUUUCAUGCAUCAAAACCACAAUAUGGACUUUGCAGAGUGGGAAAUUCAGACACAGGAGGACCCCGAAUCGCUAUGAUUGCCUGGGUUGGUGAACAUGUGGAAGAAUUCCGCAGGACGGAAUGUGCCGGACACAUUCCAGCCAUCAAACACUUUUUCAAGGAGGCGCACGCCUUCAUUAGUGCACACAAAGAUGAUGACGUGACAGAGGAGAAGAUAAGAGCUGAGCUCAGCAAGAGCCAACCUCAUUCUCACUGGGCCAAGAAGAGCUCCAGGUCCUCAGAAAGGGAGGACUUAGUUGGCACAAACUAUAGGAAAACCAAUGCUGCAAUGGAGAUGAGACUCAUCAACAGAGACUCCUUUUGGGCGCGUGAAGAGCGAGAAGAAGAACUGAGAAAGGAGGAGGAGAGGAGACGGGCCUUGGAUGAGAGAAGGCGGCUUGAACGAGAACGUGUUUUGAAGGAACGAAAGGAAUCAGAAGAGAGAGAUCGAAAAAUGAAUGAGAAACUGCGAAUGAUAGAGGAGCAAAGACGAAAGCAAGCAGAACAAGAGGAGGAGCUGCGAAGAAAGGAGAAAUUUAGAUGGGAACAACAGCAGAGAGAGCACGAGGAAGACAUGAGAGCUCGUCUGAGAAGGAGCGAGUCCAUAGAAAAGGCCGCUGAGGCCGCAGUGUUAGUGUCCCAACGCUCCAUGAACCCUCGAGAGUUCUUCAGGCAGCUGUCAUCAUCGUCGUCGCAAAGUCCAACCAGUCCUGGAUCUUCACGUGCUGGCAAACCAUACAGACGAUACCAGCGCAGCCUUACAGACACAGCUUUUAUCUUCUCUAAAGCAGAGGACAACACGCCACCCUCCCCUCUUAGCUCUCCACUGGUCUCCCCUUUCUUACGGGCCUCUCCCUCCCGCGUUGACGCCACGUCUCCCACGAGCCCCGUUUUUCGUCCUGUCACUUCUCCCACCAGGACCAAAGUCCACAACGUGUCACCGCCCACAUCCCCACGUCACAAUGCCCCUCAAGCUUCAGCUCCGGUGCCUGAAGUGCCUCCUGCUGAAGUUCCAUCACCUGUGGAACCCUCUGCACCAUCACCAUCCAUUAAUCCGGAAACAUCUCCAGUCUUCAGCUUGGAAAGAAACAUACCCUCUGAGCCGCUUCCUGGGGCUCUGCCAGCCUCUCCCCCGAAUACUCCAAUUGAUCAAGAGCUCUCAACUUUCUGCUUUGAAGGUCCACCUCCACAGCCACCAUCAUCUCCCCUCCCUGAAAUACCACAACUUAACACGGAUCUCCAUACAACUAUGUUCGUACAUACUGACACUGGCUUCAAAGCACAAGCUGUCCUUCUAGAAGUAGAUGAAGAGGAAGAUGACGUAGAGGAGAAGGAGGAAGCGGAAGAAGUGGUGGUGAAUGAAGAAGAAAAGACUGAAGAGGAAGAAGAUGUAAAAGAGGAAGCUGAUGAGCAACCACAACUUUGCGCUUCUACUGAGGAACUCGCCCAGGCUGUCUUGGAGGAGCAAAUGCAGGAGGAGGAAAAAUUAGAGCAAGAAGUCGAGCCUGCAUCCCCAGAGGAAACAACUGAGGAGCUGCAUGUUGAUAAAGAGUUCAGUGACAAAACAAAGCACAAUGAGAGAUUUGAGGACAGUCAGAGCCCAGAUGAAGCUGCUGAUCUUUCAGAAAAAGAGGAAAAGUCCGAGCUGACAGGUCAAAUCAUCAUUUCAGAUGAGGACCACCUUUGUCAGACUAUCAAGCUUGAGACUGUGCUUCUGCCAACCAAUGGGUUCACACAUGAGGAACAAGAGAAUGGAAUAGGGAGAUCGCUUAGCCCGUCUGAUGCAGAAAUCAGCUCACCGGAGCUAAGCGGCUGUUAUGACCUUCACAAUAUUGCAGACAGCGACGAGAAAGAUAUGUCAGAAAAUGGACAAGAGGUUUCAUCUGAGCAACAAAUAUGCGUCAGAGCUCUGUACGACUACCAAGCAGAGGAUGAAUCCGAGAUCUCCUUUGAACCCGGUGACAUCAUCCGGGACGUGGAAACGGUGGAUAAAGCUUGGUGGAGGGGCUGGAGCAAAGAUGGACGUCAAGGCUUGUUCCCCGCCAAUUACGUAGAGACCAUAUAGAACAUACGCACGCACAUAUUCACACUCUCAGGGUCGCCAUCAUCCCUCACUGUUUAACCUCUGAGUCUUUGGCUGUGUUCAGACUGCAGGCAUAUCUGAUUCCAAACGAAUUCCUCCUCAAAUCUGACUUCUAGGGCUGACUGUUCACAAUAUUUUUAGGAAGUGUCCAAAUCAGAUCAUAGCCUGUUCAGACAGGGCCGCAUUAUUGACACAUUUGACGGUUUGCUGUAGCAAUAAAGGCAUCACCCAGCACAGAGCGACGUCUCGGACAGUCAAAACCCAUCUGACCUGUUCAGACUGAGAAGCAUCUUGUCCGUAUCUGAUAUGAAACGACCUCCCUCCCGGUGGUUUCAAUAACUCAUGAAGUUGGCCCCUCAUCAAACGCAAAUUCAAAUAAAAAGUAUGUCAAUCGUUCGUGCUGUAAAAAGUUUUGUUUGUUCUGCUAUUGUUUUUUAGGUAAUUCUUUUAUAGGUCAAUCUAAGGUCAAUCAGCCCUCCAUUUUAAAUACAAAUGGCAAAAAAUGUCAAUCGUUUCUGCUUUGUGCUGGUUUAUGCUGUAAAAAAAUGUUUGUUAAAAGAAAGCACCGAAAAUUAUAUUAUGUAGUACGUAACUUUUAAAUGAUCAAAAACGCAUGAAAAAGAUAUAAAUAAAUAUUAUGGUGGGGGGACUGCGAAGCAAGAAAAUAAACAAAAUGUGCACAGAUGUUGUCAAAAGAAAUUUAAAAAGUAUGUUUUUGUAAUAAAUUAAGUCAUCUUCAAUGCCAAUUAUUCUAGGUAAUUAAUAAAUUGCCGAGGUAUCCUUCAAAAUUAGGUGACUUGGACUCGAACUUGGGAGCAACAACACUGAAAAUUAAUAUCUCAAUAAGUAUCUAUAAAACAAUAGUAGCACCAACGGAAAUUUUUAAAGCACAAACGCUUGUCACCAUUUUUUUUUUGCCAUUUUUAAUCAAAUUGGGGGGCUGGUUGACCUAUAAAAGUUGUAGAUAUCUCAAAAAUGAUAGCAGCACAAACGAAAUGUCAUACAGCACAAACGUAACACAAACGAGUGACAACAUUUUCUCAAUUUAAUUUAAUUUGAGUCUGAUGGAGGGGCCAACUUCAAAAAGGUGGUUUCAAUCCAUGUCGCAAAAAUCUAAUUUCUGUGCUUUGGGACUGUUUUGACUACAAAACAGCCAUCCAGUUUCAAUCUGGAUGGACUAAAAAUCCUAUUUUGGCUGCCAGUCUGAACAAGGCCUUGUCUUUUCCAGAAUUGAUUGUAUUUUCAUGUUUGAUUAAAAUAAAGGAUAAACAAUAACAUAAAAUACAGUACAUGUUUUCAGACAUAAUAGUCUAAACUUAUUUUGUUAGUUUUUUUCUGGACCAAAAUAACUUAUUUCCUCAGGAGUUAGUAAAAAGAAUGUCAGUGGGUGGAAUCAUAUCACAAUUACAAAUGAUCACAAACACAAGGUUAUAUUUUGUAAUGUGUAUAUCAGUUUUCCUUAUACAGUUCUCUGAAAACCUUAACAAUACAAUAUAAUCAAGCUUGACAUUCAUGUACACCUCAGUUUAUAAUCAUCUCUCAAACUUUCCUGAGCUAUUUUAUGGCACUAUAUUUGUUACUGACAGUCCUUUUUACCUUGAUUAACUGCUGAGAUACACAACAGCAGAGUUGAAACGCUCCGUAUCAGUCUUUGGAGACGAUGCUGUGUUUUGUUGUCAUGGUGAUGUCUAUACUUACACCGUUUGAUUAACUUGUCUUCUUUUGCUGCCCCCGGAUUUUAAUUAUCGUGUAAACAUAGACAAUAUGCAAGAAAAAAAAAUCUUCACACUAUAAAGGCCUGAAAUAUAAUCAUACACUGUAUAUAAAAAUGUAUAGCGACAACAAAUAUUUUGUCUUUCGUUGUGUAUUGUAUGUUGUUCUUUGCUUUGCAUUUAUUCCAGACUUACAACAACAAAAAAAUGUAUUAAAAUUUUCCUGAACUAUCUCACAUGUUUGUUUUAAAUAAACAUAUUUUUUUUCCC